GAGGGUAGUUUUUGAAUCAAUUUACAUCUCCAUAACCAAAGUAAAAGUUACCUCAUAAAUAGAAUACGUUAUCCUAGGUUUUAAUAUCAUCUAUCCAAAUCUUCUCAUAAAAUAAAGUGGAAAGAAACCCAUACGUUUGUACCGUCCACCACGGAGAAAAAAAUUCAACUUGGUACAUGACAUAACGUUUGUUCCACUUUACAUGACGUACUUCACUACACUGUCGGAGUUAAAUAUGGCGUCCGAGAGCAUGGCUGAUUUUGCGUGGAAACGUUUUUGAGAUUUUCGUCAAGUACACCAGAUAGAUAGCUGAUAUAAAACGUUGGAAAUCAUGAGGACGCUUUUAAGUGCUAGAUUUACUUCACAAAGCCGUCAUUUAGCCUUACAAUGGAGAAGAAAUAUCCCAAUUCCAGGAAGACAGGCAAAGUUCACCGUAACCACGUGGACUCCUUUAGCUACAGCGUUUAAUUCCCCACAUCCGAAACAGGAUCGUUAUUUAGAGCCUACUGGUCUCUUUGGCGUAGAGGAACUAACUAGCACUUCUGGAUUUUCAGUACUCAAAAAUCGAACCUUAUCUGAAGGUGUUACAAUUGUGGAUGAAAUUCUACAAUCUUCCCCAACCCCACGUCUUGUGGCGCUGUUUGACAAGUUGUCCAACACCUUAUGUGUUGCAGCUGAUCUGGCAGAGUUUGUUAGGUUGACACAUCCCGAUCAUCAAGUGCGAGGUGCUGCAGAAGAUACCUCGAGGGCAAUAAGUGGCUAUGUUGAAGAACUCAAUACAACUCCAGGCUUGUACAAUGUACUAGGAAAGCUUUUAUCAAGCGACAAACAUCAGAUGAAUGAAGAAACUAGAAGAGUAGCAGAGCUGUUCUUAUUUGACUUUGAAAAGAGUGGAAUUCAUUUGGAUGCGGAAAAACGGAGACAUUUUGUGGAGCUUCAAGAAGCUCUAUUAGUAAUUGGCACCCAGUUCUCUCAAAUGACGUCAUCACCUGUCUGUGUUCCGCUGUCUCAUUUUCCAAUGGCUGAUGAAGUUGCCCACUUUUAUCCAGUAAGCGGUGAUCAUGUAAUCAUAGACUCUGCAUUCCUUGAUUCAAACAAUGAGGAGCUGCGUAAACUGAUUUACAUGGCUUGUUUAAAACCAGAAAAGUCACAACUGCAGAUUCUAGAUCUUCUUCUCACGGCUCGACAUCAAGUUGCUCAGGUGGUCAACUUUCCCAGCUAUUCACAUCAUGCAUUAAUGGGAACAAUGGCAAAAACUCCAGAAAAUGUCAUGGACUUUCUAACACAAGCAGCAAAUAUGCUUCGUGGUCCAGCAGAAAGAGAAAUGCAAAUAUUAACUAGCUUGAAGAAAGACACAACACAAAAUCCAACCGUGAAGUACAUUGAGCCAUGGGAUCUGCAUUACUACUCUGGAUUGGCAAGGUAUCAGUCUGUUAAGAUGAACCGUUCAACCACAUCAGCAUAUUUUCCACUUGGUGCCUGUAUGGAUGGGUUAGAUAUGUUGUUUAAGGACCUGUUUGGGAUAUCACUACAAGCCCAGGAACCAGCUGAAGGAGAGCUGUGGUCUUCUGAUGUGCAAAAACUGCGUGUGGUACAUGAAACAGAGGGGUUGCUAGGAUACAUCUACUGUGACUUCUUUAGCAGAGAAGAGAAGCUACCACAGGAUUCACAUUUUACCAUCAGAGGUGGUCGUGUGCUUGAUGAUGGCUCGUAUCAACUUCCAGUUGCUGCAAUUGUUUGCAACUUUCCUUCACCUGGAGUGUCAUCCCCUCCACUCCUUACACACAACAUGGUUGAAAACUUGUUUCACGAGAUGGGUCAUGCAAUGCAUUCUAUGCUGGCUCGCACUCAGUAUCAGCAUGUUACAGGUACAAGAUGUGUCACAGACUUUGCGGAGGUUCCUUCUGUGCUUAUGGAGUACUUUGCAUGGGAUCCAAGAGUGCUGCUAAGGUUUGCACGCCACUACAAAACUGGCCAAAGCCUGCCAGAGGAAUUUGCACAGCGCCUUUGUCAGGGGAGAACUAUGUUUGGUGCCUUGGAGAUGCAGCGACAGGUGCUGUAUGCAAUGAUUGAUCAGAUUUACCACGGUAGACACCCGCUUGAUGGCUCAACUACAGAUAUCCUAGCUUAUGUUCAGAGUCAGCACACAGUGAUUCCACAUGCACCAGGCACAGCCUGGCAACAACGCUUUAGCCAUCUCAAUGGUUAUGGCGCAAAGUACUAUUCAUAUUUGUGGUCCAGAGCUGUAGCAUCUCGUGUUUGGCACCAGUGCUUUGCCAAGGAUCCUUUCUCCCGAGAAAUAGGUGAGAGGUAUCGUCACACCAUGCUGGCCUAUGGAGGAGGAAGAGAACCCAACCGCCUUGUUGAGGACAUGUUAGAGAAGAAACUGACAACCAGCGAUUUAGUACAGUCUUUGUUGGAUGAUCUCAAAGCUUCAAAUCCCUUUUAUUAGUAGAUUUAAUUGCCAAGUGAACAAUUCAAGUUUCAACGUUUUUACUUUAAUUCUUCAGCACAAACUUGGCCAAGCCCUUUUUUUCCAACCAAAUUCCCAAGGGCUAAACCAAAGUAAACUAAGGUAGUAAAUAAUGUUGAUGAAAAAUACAUGUAUUUACCAUAUUUCAGGGGAAAAAAUCAUGUACAUUGUAAGGCCUGCCAAUUUUGUCUGCUUUUACUUAGAAAUAAAAGUACAAGGUUGGAUCAA